UGGUAAUGGCGUAUGUCAGUUACAUGAUAAUUUUAAUAUAACUGUACGUAUUUAAUAAUGUUUGUAUAAAUAUGAAAACUGUAUUGUAUUCUUGCACAGUUCACAAACAAAAAAUUUUAUUUUAAAGAUUUCAUUGUAAUUCAUGAUCAAAUAAUUUCUAUCUUUAAAUUACAAACAUGUUGAUUUACGAUGUUCUACAUAAAGAAACAGUAUACCAAUCAAUUGUCUGUGAUCUUCGUAAUUACGGAGUUAAGUAUCGUUUUAAAAAAAAUAUGUUUAAAACAGAACGAUCCGAAGGGAAACGCAUUUUGAAAAAAGUUUUUAAGACUUCUUUAUUGUACCAACCAUUGGAUGUCGUGAAUUUAUCUUCUGGUGCCAUUGUGCAUGUGCCUGUUUUUGUGAGCCAUGCAUCCACAUUUUUAGAAAAGUAUAUCACUCAGGAAGGAUUAUUCAGAAAAGCAGGAUCACAACUUAGACAAAAGGAAUUAAUAAUUCGUUUAGAUAAUGGUGGCAGUUUAGGGGAAAAACAUCAUGCCAUUGAUGUAGCUAAUUGUUUAAAAACAUUCUUCAGAGACUUACCAGAACCAUUGAUUCCAUAUACGUACCACGAUUUAUUUGUACAUUGUGUCAUGCUUAAAACUUAUUGUGUACAAGCAUUGUUAUUAGCUUGUAUUCUUUUACCACCACAUCAUCUAAAUACUCUGGCAUUUUUAAUGGAAUUUUUAAAGAAAGUAGCACAAUAUGAGAAACAAAAUAAAAUGGGCAUUGAUAAUUUAGCAAAAGUUAUUGGUCCAAAUAUAAUGCCUCUGCAAGAAACCACUAUGUCUGCUGUGCAAAUGCGUCUUGAAUUACAUUUAAUUGUUGUUAAGAUUUUAAUUGAAAAUGCAGAAAGUAUUGGUAUUUUACCAGAUCAUAUAACACAAGCUAUUUCUAUGGAAACAAUUGGCAGUACAGAUAAUGAGUUAGAUGUAUCUGAUCAUAUGCGUUCAAAAUUCAAAAAAAAGAAACAUCGCAGUGGAAGUCUUACACGUAAGCCACAUCUAAGUGCCUCCAACCUCAAUCUAAGAAUGUUUAAUGGUCUAAAAAAGAUUGUUGGCAAAAAUGCUGCAUCUGAAGAUAGUAACACAUGUGAUAGUCAAAGGAUAUCUGAAAAUGCUAAUUCAGUACAUAUAUUAAAUACUAAGCCCACAAAAAAAAGGAAAGUUGAUUAUAUAGAUCCACCAAGUACAAAGAAGAAAAGAGUUGCAGAUAAAGCAGAUAAAUCUAAAAAGAUUAGGCUUAGUUUGGAUCGUUUUGUACCGAGAAAGCCAAAAACUGUUGAUGAAAGUACAGAAUCAUGUAAGAAUACUUUUGAUACUCAGGCAGAACGUCGUUGGAGUUCUGUUUGUGACUCAUGUGGUGACUCACAAAGAACAUACAGAGCAUAUAGUGAUAGUUCAUCACAUUUGAAAUUAAUUCUAAAAGACAGUGAAGUAUCAAACGACCUUCACAGAGAGUAUAAUAAUAUGUUUGGUGAUGCAGAUGUUAAUUUAUCAGAUGAUAGUGACGAGCAGGCCUUGUUAACAAAGGAUGAUAUUAAAUCUAGUAAAUGGCACACACAGUUGAAUUCAAGUUCGGAAGAAUUAAAAGAUCUAGGUAAUUAUAAACAAAGACGAAUGAACCCAGUGAAAAGAAGAUUAACUGUAAAUAAUCUUGAAACAUAUUCACACGUUCAAGUCACAUCUGUAGAUAAUCAGUCAGAGGAAUACGUUACGAUACCUAAAAGCGAAUAUGAAGAAAUAAAAAAUAGAGUUUUAGCAAUUGAAUCUCGUCUUUCUCAAGAAUUCAAAUGUAUAAAUAAUGGAAAUGGUGAGGAGAAUGAUGAUUUAUUAUUGCAUUCUGUGAAAAAAGUACAAACUGCGUAUGAAAGGACAUUGGAAGAAGCUAGUAUUGAAAGUACAGUAACAACAGACUACUUAGCUAAAAAACUUGGUAAAGAACUUAAAAUUAGAAGAUCAGAUGAACACAAAAUUAUCAGGUCUCCAAGCGCUCGAAAAAUAGGAAGUUUAAGAAGGAGAUCACAAGAAAAAGUGAUAAGCAAACGUGUUAGACGAACUGCUUCGUGGCACAUUUCUCGUGGAUCAGAUUUGCAAUCACAGUCUGAUCAAGAUUUGAGCAAUGCUUACUCCCAUAAUGAAAAAACAUUUUCACUGAAUUAUACAAAAGACGAUGCUGACUUACGACCUAUAUCUACUUCCCUUUGGGAAAAAGGAGAUAAUAUAAUAUUAAAUAAUGUAUGCGAUGAGUUUAAAAAUUCAAAUGUAUAUACAAAAAAACACAAUCAGAAUUCUUUUCAAUCGAUGAAAGAUCGAACAAUCACGACGGUACGUCGAGUAUCGUCUUUUCAUGGUGAUGAACUUACAAAUACGGCCACGUAUUCCGAUAGCAAGGUUGAAAAACUGAAGAAGACGAAUAGUCAACAAAAUAUGAUUUUAAACAGUACACCUGUAGGUAAACUGAUUCCGAAAUCUGAAGAGAAAAAGAAAGCUGUUAUAUCCUGGAAGGAUGCAGAUGGAUAUUUUGGAUCAACAAACCAAACAAAAUCUCCAAUUACUCAAACUGGUCGUGCGUCUAUUGCAAAAUUAAGAACUCAGAAUGCAGGAAUGGUACUAGCUAAAGCUAAAUUAUUUGAUGAGUGCACGGCAAAAGUACACUCUCAAAACACUACUAUAAACAAAAAAAACGGUCUACUUAGUACAGAGGAUGAUCAGUGCAUGAAUGAUAUAAAACAGAAUUGUGAACGGACAGAAUCGUGUCGAAAAUCAAAUAAAAAUGUAAAAAGUAGAAAUUCAAAAUUGAUAUUGAAACAUUCUCCUUCUCGUACUAUGAUGGAAACCGAAAAUAAGGAAAAGGAUAUUGAAAUGUGUUAUUGUAUUUCCAAAGACUUUAUGACAUGUAAUACAGCCACUCAUCAAAAAGAAAAUAAGGCUGUUAAAACAUCACCUUCAAUGCAAAAUGUACCUGUGGAUAUGAUAUCGCAGAAUUCAAGAUUAAGUAUCUAUAAAGUUGAUAAUAACGUGCUAUGUAAGACUCCGCAUAUUAAGAAGCCAUUAACUGUAAAAACACCUAAAAGUGGCAAAGCAUUAGUAAGAAGACCUCUAGUGGAUUCUCGUAGGACGCCCCUAAAGGCUGUUGGUCAAUUAGGAACUCCAAAGUAUCAGAGUCCUAAAAGUAUUUUAAAGACGCCAAGAAAUAUCAGUAGACACUCUUAAUUUAAAGUACAAAUUUAUCAGAAAUGUGUUCAAGAAAGUCUAUUCUGCAAUACUUUCAAUUAUAAAUUGAUAAAGUACUAUGAGAUUGUCUUACAACUUAGAAUCUCAGAACCAAG